AUGGGACGUCGUAUUUUGUUCAUGGUUUCCAUGACGUGUGUCAUUGUUUCACUUCUCGCCAUGGGCGGCGCAUUCAUUCUUAUCAACAAAGACUCGGCUGUGACUCUUCGUGAUCGGACGUUCAUAAACCGGUCGUUCACGGAUCAUAUUGAGGAGCACUGUGAAACGUACAGCAAUUGCGACUUUUGUGUUACGGAUGAACGAUGCGGUUUCUGCCUGCUGAAAGGACUCAAAACAGGUUACUGUCUUGAGAAAAACGAAAAUGCCGAUGAUGCUCAUCCGGUUUCGUCCAUGGGUCCUUGUGCCACACCAGCAGCAAUGGGAUCGACUUAUGAAUGGGAUGCAAACACGUGUCAGACAAAAUACACUGUACUCCCAAUUGUGAUAAUGGUUACGGUCCGCUACCGUGGGUGGUUAACGCCGGAGUUCUACCCGCUUUGGGCACGUAGCACGUGCGUAUCAAUAACGACUGCAUGCAAUUGGACGUUCAAUCUUCUCAUUGCUCUGACUUAUCUAUCACUCGGUCAGGCUAUCACCAAAUACGGCACAUUCUUCUUGUACGCCGGCUUCACCUUGGUUGCACUGAUAUUCGUCUACUGCUUCCUGCCAGAAACACGAGGGUGUUCAAUCGACGAGGUUGAGCUGCUAUUUAUGACGAAGAAAGCUCGAGAACUUGCUCUACGACGGAGUGAAAAGUCGGCAAACAAUAUGGACUCAAGAGUGUCUACGAUAGAACUUCAACCUAAAGAUCCGACAGUACAGUCU